AUAGUUCCGGAAGGCAAUAGGUUUACCCUUGAGAAAAAGUUUUCCAAUGAGAUCAGAUCCCUUCUAAGCGAAGUGACCUCUAGCCAAGGCCAAUACGCUUUUUCAACUUUAUAGACGAUAAUCACCGUGGGUUUGGCUUAAUUUCAGAGUAGUUUACGAGAGAGCGCUAGCUUAUCAAUUGCAAGGGCAUAUUCAGUAUCAUGGCAAAAGAAAAUGUCUCUGAUCUCGAUUUUGUUGAUGAUUUCCACUUCCCUGCGCUUUUCGAUAAUGAAGAGAACCAGGAAGACUUUACAGAAGCCAAACACGCAGAAGAGAUGCAAUUCCAGGUGGGUUGUGUGAUCAUUUCUAAGAUGAAUAAGGAUAACCCAUCAUCGGUUUUGAUGACUGAAGCACUUCCAGAGCCAAAUCACCAGGAAGAUGGUCAGCCCUCCCACAGUUUCUGCGAUAUUUGUGCGGAAAGAAAAGAAAGUAACCAAAUGUUCUCAACUGAUAAAUGUGUUCAUUCUUAUUGCUCCGAUUGUAUAAGCAAACAUGUGGCUGCAAAGAUUCAGGAAAGCAUUACAGUCGUUACUUGUCCAGGAUUGAAUUGUAAGGCUGUGCUUGAACUGGAAACUUGCAGGAUUAAGCUCAACAAGGGAGUGAUUGAUCUUUGGGAGGAUGCGCUCUGCCAGGAGCUAAUCAGCGUUUCGCAGAGAUUUUACUGCCCAUAUAAGGACUGUUCGGCCAUGUUGGUGAAUGAUAAAGAAGGACAAGAGAUUAGUGAAGCUGAGUGCCCGUUCUGCCAUAGAUUGUUUUGUGCUCGGUGUCAUGUCCCUUGGCAUUCUGGCGUUGAUUGUGAGGUGUUCCAGAAGCUGAAUGAGGACGAGAGAGGGAGAGAAGAUCUGAUGGUGAUGGAACUUGCUAGGGAUCAGAAAUGGAGCAGAUGUCCCCAAUGCAAAUUCUACGUGGAAAGAACAGAAGGUUGCCCGCAUAUGACUUGCAGGUGUGGUUUCCAGUUUUGCUAUGGAUGUGAAUCGGAGUGGACAGAAAGUCAUGGUGGUUGCUCGAGAAACUAGCUUGGCUGGAGAAAGCAUGAGUGUGGAAUGCAUUUACAAUACUUUAAGGCAUAAAAGAAACUACCAGGAAGUUGCUUCUUCAAUGGGGAAAGUUGUUUUUCAAGAAAGGAGUAAAGCAGAUGGCGCUAUAUGAAUGGUUAGAAAAAAGCAAAAUGCACUAUAAGUUAUGGCAUGUUUAUAUUCAUAUAUUUAUGUAAUGCAUUUAGCUUUUCUAAUGUUUUGAGAGUUUAUGACUCAAAAGCAAAAACUGUUUGUCUACUAGUAUUUGAUGCAAUUCAUUUUACAUGUUUGCUUGA